GACUCACUGCGGUAUACAGCUUCCCAUUGCAACACCUCCUUGGUGAUGUGCAUAGCGAGUAUAUGAAAAACUAACCUUAUUAUUAUCCACAUCGCGAAUAGAGGCUACGGAUUUAUCCGGGUCAUUAAUUUUAUUGAAAGAUUUUACCGUGUGUUCGGGGAUUCCGUAAUUUUGGAUUGUACAUGAAGGCAGCAAGCAAGGGCAGGAAGUUUUCUUUUCGCGAAAGUGAAAUCGAAACCGUCGAAAUCACCAGUUUCGGGAUACUGAAGUGGGGUUGACACCGCAACGACAUCUCAAUAGGAACGAUCCAGUUUUCUGAUUUAUGAUGGACACUGAAAAUUACGUAGCGAAAUUGAACGAGUACUGUCAGAAAAGAAAUCUGAAACUAAACUACGAGGAUGUCGGAACCGAUGGCCCGGAUCACAUUAAGACAUUUUCCAUUAGAGUUGUUGUCGAUGACAAGGCAUAUCCAGAAGGAGUGGGAAACAAUAAAAAGGAGGCCAAAAAGAACGCUGCUAAACAUGCUUUACAGAUCUUAAUGAAGAAGACGCAUACAUCAGAAGGUUCUAUUGGUCCAGUUUGUCCAAAAGAAACAAAUUAUGUGUCCUGGCUCUAUGAAUAUGGUCAGAAAAUCAAAAUGAGUGUCAGAUUUAUGGAGUCCGCAAGUCCUGAAUCAUACAAGUCCUUUCAAUGUCAGUUUUUUGUUGGGGAGAUUGACUAUCCACUUGGCAAUGGGAUAACAAAGAAGGAAGCUAAGGAAGAAGCUGCAAAGCAUGCAUAUCAUGCCAUAUAUGAGGCGUCAGCGACUGAAGGUGAAAACCCCUCUGGUUCUUGUAAUCAACAAAAGGAGGAAAUGUCAGCAAUCAGCAACAAGACACUGAGUUCAAAGACUGAAGAUGAUGUCGUUGUCGAGAAAAAUUAUAUUGGAAUUAUAAACGAGUACUGUCAGAAAAGACAGCGCAGGCAUAAUUUCAUCGAAGUGGAGAGAAUUGGCCCAGCUCAUAACCAGAAAUUUUCCUUCAAAUUAGUUAUCGAUGACAAGGACUACCCUGUGGGUAGAGGAAAGGCUAUCAAGGAAGCCAGGCAAAAUGCUGCUGAGUUGGCCCUUUCUGUCCUUGAAAAAGAAGACAAUGAGGUCUUACAGUCUCCUGCAUGUGCCGAUAGUACAAAAAGCAGCCCAAACUUGUGUAAAUCCCUUGCAACAACUUCAAGCAUUUCAGUAGAGUUUGCUGAGUCUUCUCCCAAAGAUCAGAUCACUCCACCCAAGAGUCAAAGUCCAGGCUGCAAAGCCAGAAGGAAAAUUGCAGCCAAUUUUCCAAAUGCUAAUAGACAACAGAUAGAUUUUAAAGGCUGUGAAGAUAAUUGCGGACGAAAUUCACCGUCAACCACUUCGAGGUUUAAAGAAGAUUUUGAGUGUCUAGAAGCCAUAGGCAAUGGAAGCUUUGGAUUUGUUUACAAGGCAAAGCACAAGCUGGACGGAAAGCACUAUGCUGUGAAGAAGGUUAGCAGUGAAGAGUAAAAAAAUCUAAACCGAGAGAUAGACGCUUUAUCAAAGCUUCAACAUAGCAAUAGUAGAUACUACACGUGUGGAUGGAAGAUUCCUAUGAGCAGUGAGUCUUCUAUCCCAAAUUCCUCUCAAAGGUUCCUCUAUAUUCAGAUGGAGCUGUGUGAAAAAACCCUCCGAGAUCGUAUUGAUGAUAUGGAACACCGAGAACUAAGGAAACUCUGCAAAGAAGGAAUCUCAGUGUUUGAAAUUAUACAGCAAAUAGUCGCAGGAGUCGAAUACUUUCAUGCCAAAAUUAAUCACAGAGAUUUGAAGCCUGCCAACAUCCUGUUUGGACUGGAUGAAAUAGUGAAGAUUGGGGAUUUUGGCCUCGUUACGGUUGAUACUGACAGUGAGGACAAAAGCUUGAAAAGGGGAACCCUGAGUUAUAUGGCGCCUGAGCAGAAAGACAAAGCUACUUACGGCAGAAAAGUAGACAUAUAUGCCUUGGGUCUGAUUUAUUUUGAGCUCCUCUGUCUACUGUUUACCCCAUACUGAAAGAGAAAAGCACUUUGGGAUGAUGUCAGAGACCAGAACCUCCCUUCAGAGUUUUCAUACAAUUUCCCCAUAGAGCAACAAAUUAUCAAGUCAAUGCUUUGCUUGAUGCCAGAAGACCGGCCUGAAGCCAGUCAACUCCAGACCAACCUUAAGGAGUGUGCUAAUGCACUUAAACUUGCAAAAGAGAGAAAGACUCUCUAAUUCAUCCAUUGCUUCGAGAACAGGGGUUUUCAGCUAGUUUUGUUCUAGGGACCACCAUUAUAACCAAGAAGCAACUUGGGACCACUGCUUUAGCAGAAUAUUAUUUUGUUUUGCACCGAAGGA